UAGCAUAGAAAUAUGAUUAAACAACUGAUAAGAAGUAAGGCUGGAACCACAUUUUUUUCUGAUUUCUGAGCUCCAAUUAGAAGCUCAAAGAAAUAUUGUUAAUAAAAACAAAUAUCAAUGUUAUUUGUUAACAGUUUAAAAAUAGAUUGCCCAUAAAAAACAGCAAAGUGCUUUAUGAAAGUCAUUUAAGGCAGUUAAAUCUUACUCACAGUCAUCAGUGCAUAGUUCAGAUGCUCUCUUGCUCCCCAAAAAAAGGGAUGGGAUAGUCAAGUAAUGAGGAAAUGAGAGUUAUCCAUUGCUUAGAUGACAGCAUUGUUUUUGCUCCAUGGAAAGAAUCAACAGUUCCCACUGAAAAGUCAACAACUGGCAGUUAUCACCAUGCGGGUCCUAACAUAAGGUGAAAGUGAUCCCAUCACAAUUAAAGCCUUCACACAGUUAUCGGGAUAUAUGUAGGAACACCUAGAAGAACCAUUAACCUCAGUGAAAAUAGGGCUCCUUUAGAAGCUCACAAGUCAGAUUGAAUUUUUUUCGUCAGAUUCAACCUUGGAUAUAUUGACUUCUACAUAUCUCCAAGAAAAAAAAAGUCUGGAAAACUUCUUGUGAUUAUGAAGGGAUGGUCAGUCAGAGAUUUUAUGUUGCUUUCUGUUGUACCAAGUUUACAUUUUGAAUAACUAUUUUGGGACUAUUCUGGGGCAAUGGGAAGGGCAGAACAACUGUGAAACUUGGCUUCUUUAUUAAGUUGCUGGAAAAAGCCAGCCUGUUUUAUAUUUGGGCCCCUGGUAAUGUAUAACAUUUGAUCAGGCAGAGCAAGUUAAUGUUGAUAGUGGUUGUUAUAAGUGAAAACGCAACUGUAUUCCAAGGAAGGAGAGUAUGACAUACAGAAUUACAAGCUUCUCUGCUGUAAUGUUAUUUUUUUUCACUCCCUGAUCCACACAUACAGUGUUUGUGAUGUCAGAAUGCAGAAGCAGAUGUAAAGCAGACUUGAGAAGUACGUAGGAAUAUGAGCAGACUUUGGAAAGGUCUAGAUACACCAUGGAAAUACAGGUACAUUAACAGUUCCUAUGGAUGAAAGGGAUAUUUUGAUGAAUUCAGCAUCUUGCAUUGAAAUUGUUUGGAUAACCAUAUCCAGAAAAAUGUAAUUAAAGGACUGUAAUUGCAGGGAAAGCAAUGAAGUUAUUCUUUUUACCAGAGGAACUGUACAACUGUAUUGGAAAAUGACAAAUGCUUAGCCCUGGGUCAAAAAUAUAUACACCUAGAAAACCUCUGAAGAAGAAAAUAUUUGACUCACCUGAUAUUUACCUGCCUGCUUUUAUCAGAGGGCUAGAAAAUAUGAGAUAAUUCAUUGGGGCUGUGAUAAUCAUGGAUUUUUUCCUUGGGUCUUGCAACUCGUACAGCAAAUGAAGAAACCUGUUGCUGUUGCCAAAAGUCUUAGGUAGGCGAAAAGUUCUGAUCCAAUGAUAAGCAGGUAAUCCUGGAAAUGACUUAUAAUCUCUCUCCAUCUCUGAAAGCAGCGUGUUUUUUUGCUGCACACAGCCUGUCUGGGACUUGGUCCUAACAAGGUUUAACACUUAUUCUUCCUUAAUUGUAUGAUCAAGGGAAUCCCGUUUCCUGCAAGGAACUCAAUAGAUGAAGAUGGAUAAGAUAGUGCCCAAAACAAUGGCACAAUCAAAUCAGGAGUUCUUCUCCUCGGGUAAUUAAUCAUAGUCCUACACCUCAUGUCAAGGGCGGACAAUCAUUUCUUGGGUCUACCUGGGUCCAACAGUGGUAUCUGAGAAAUUCUUCAGGGCACAGCAUUAACAAUAUAGAGGUCAUCAGGAGCUAACCUCUGAAAAUCUAUAUAGUGAGCAGACAGUGGAUGGAACUGUGCAGUCACACCGUGCAUAGUACUGCGCACACCACACUCGGCAAGAUGAUGAUGAUGUCAAUGCCGUAUUCAUCUCUUGAUGAAUUUCAUCCCUUCAUCGAGGCACUUCUGCCUCAUGUGAAGGCAUUCUCCUACACAUGGUUCAACCUGCAAGCAGCCAAGAGAAAAUACUACAAAAAAUAUGAAAAGCGCAUGUCUAUGGAUGAAGAACGGAGGGUUAAGGAGGAACUACAGAGUGAAAAACCUGAAGUUAAACAGAAAUGGGCCUCCAGGCUUCUUGCAAAAUUACGAAAGGACAUCACUCAAGAGUACAGAGAAGAUUUUGUACUCAGUAUUACAGGGAAACGACCUCCAUCGUGUGUCAUGAGUAACCCCGAUCAGAAGGGGAAAAUGAGAAGAAUUGACUGCCUUCGUCAGGCAGAUAAAGUAUGGCGACUGGACUUGGUUAUGGUGAUUUUGUUCAAAGCUAUCCCGCUGGAAAGCACAGACGGAGAAAGACUGGAAAAGUCACCAGAGUGUAUGAACCCACAGUUGUGUGUCAACCCACAUCAUAUAAGUGUCACUGUGAGGGAAUUGGAUCUUUAUCUGGCCAACUUUAUUCACAGUUAUGUUCCAAGAGAUUACACAGUUUUUAAUAUGGCUGAGGAGCAGGAUGUAAAAGUUCCAGGCAACAUCCAUUCUGGCGUGUCCGGCAAUGACAGUAUUUCUGCCACUGGGGUGUUUUCUGCAAGAGAGCUUCUCAGAAUCACAAGAACAUCAAUUGUGGAUCCCAACUCCAGUGGCAAGCCUCCGCCUCUCAGUCUCCCUGGACAGAUGGAGACACCCAGCUAUUACCAGAACUUCAGCAUGAGUUCUCAGCUGAUGUCCCCAGCAGUGGCGGGGAUGAGAAGACUGCCCAAUGGACAGCCAGCAUUAAGUCCGUCACGGACAAAACGGCAAAGAUUUGCAAACUCCAUGUCGUCAGUCGAUGAUGAAGUAGAAAGUAUGGGGGAUGAGAACGAGAACAUGAACAUCUACGGGAAAUCCCCUGCUAGCCAGACUGGGAGCUGGCAUAGCGAUCAUAGUAUUGACCCGGGCACCAUGACGCACAGUCCUGCUAUGCACUCCCCCCAUGUGAUCCACUCUGGAAAUAUGAAAGCAGAUGGAGGCGGUGGGAGUAGUUUCACUGCUGUUUCCUCGGCUACUCAGCCACCUCACGUGCCAACCCCACCGAGACCCAUGAGCAACCACACACCAGGUGUGCAGGCACAGCAGCAAACUCAUCCCGCCCGUGGACAAGGUGGUAUGAGGCCUAUGCCAAUGCCUCACAGUGGAAACUUAAAGUUCAGUCAACAAAACAGUGAUACUUUAACUGAUUUUGUCAACUUGGUGUGUCAGGAGACCCAUACUGCACAAAAUCAGGCCAACAGUUCACCACCCCAAGCCCCCUUGAAGAGUCCCAACAAACUCCCCCACUUCUACACCCCGGGGAUGUUGCCCCCUCCCCCUCCCCCUCCAGUGGCCAGGCCUGUGGCUAUAAGGACAGCAGAUGGUCAGAGUUCAGUGCAGCCUGGAGGAGGAACCAGCAGUACUUCCACAUCGACCUCAUUAAGUACAAUAACCACAUCAUUUAGCGGCACCUCCAGCACCCCCAACACCCCACCAAUCAGUCGCAGUAUCAUGAACAGCCCAUUCAGCUUCCGACCAGAGCAUGCUUUUGCACAUAUUCAGCCUCAUCCUUCACAAGUUUUCAAUUACCCCAGUGUCAGUCCUGUGAACGCCAUCAGUGGUGUGAUCAGCCCUACCACACUGAGUCUUAUAGCCUCCCCUGUGGUCACCCCAAGGACCACGCCCAGGUCCACGCCCAUUCCACGCUGGACCACACCCUUCAUUGGGUUAGAUGAGAGCAUUGACUACAACAUGAUGGCAGGACUCAUGCCUGGGGUCAAUCCAGAUGAAUCUUUACUAGAGAGAUUUUAUGGUGUUCACAACAAUGACCCAGUAGAACAACAGAAUAAUAACCACACUCCCUCUUCACCAAACAAACAGGAAUCUUAAUGAUAGAUGAGCUGGUAGGAAAUUGACCUGUGAAAUCAGAGAAGGGGGAAAAGCAGGGGCUAAGGUCUUGCCAGAGGAAUGGGAAAGUUUUAAAUGCUCAGUUUCAGACUUACGAAAGGAAUCAAAACUUGCAUUGAAGUAAAAAAAAAAGCAAAAAGAAAAAACAAUUAUUAAGCAUAAUUAACGUACAAGCUAAAAUGAGAGAGAGAUGGAGAUAAGAGGAUGAAUUAUCACCUUUAUCAUGUGAUACUGUUGAUUCAGGCCUAUAUGUGAUAUGAAAUUUGUGGGUGAUCGAAGGUUUCAUCUCUUUGCUGUUCUUCAAAGAAAAAAAUGACAGUCAUUACAACACAAAAGAUGACACAUUCAGCAAGAGGAAAUUUGGAAUUUUGGUCAAAGAGAUAGCAGAGAACAUGGUCCAAUGGUGAUGGGUUAAACCAUAUUAUAGGCCAUGCAUGAUAGCAAUAACAUAGUUCUCCUCUGCUCUUUGUACCACAAAGGGAAUAGCACUACUUAGAAUUUGUAUGCUCAUGUAUAUCAUAUACACUGUAAUUAUUGCCAUCUAGGUAAGAUUUGAUUAUUAUUUUGAUUCUCAUUCCUUGGUGCAAUUCUGUCAUGUUUUCAAUAUUUGAUGGUUGUAUAUCUGAGCUGAAAGGUAAAAAGAAUGCUACUAGUUCUUACAAUGGCAUGUAGUUUAUUAUGUAACUUCUAUUUAUCAGCAUUUAUAAAGUUUAUAUGAUAUAUAAUGUCCAUUGUGCUAACUGUAUUACUGUGUAUCAACAUGUUAUUAAUAUCUUAUUAUGUCACAUAUUUUCUUUGUGCACUUAAAAAAUCAUCCUUUUGCCGAACUACUGUUGCCAAAGUCAACUUUUGAUCCUUCCACAUUGCCAUGACACAUUAUAUUAGUAUGUAUAUAAAAUUCUAAUACAGUUAUACAAAGAAAAGGUACAAUCCAUUGCUUAUAUGAAAGCUUUGUUUUUUUUCAUCAUUUUUAUUUUUGUACUGCAACAUUGCUACAAAGGAUGGUAUUUUCUUCAUGCUGUGUUAUAGCUUGCUUUUAUAAUUUCUGUUAAACAAUAAAAUUGAUCUAACAUGUGUCCAUAAAGAAGACAAUACACUGUAGGCUGGACAUGCUAUCUUUGCCAAGAACCUAGGAUCCAUGAUAAACUGGAUAGGAAACUGUCGCAUAUUUCAAAGGCUUUCCCUUAUCCAUUAUGAGCUUUUGUUUUUUUCCCACUUGAUCUGUUAUGGUAGUUGUACACCUGUAGUUCAUCUUUAAUGUUUAUCACAGAAUAUUCCACAAUUUUGACCAUACAUUAAGGAUAGAAAAAUAUUAUCGAAAAAAACAAAAAGAAAACAAUUGUAAGUAACUUAUUACUAAGACAUUCAACCUGAUGAUGAAUUUAUCUAUCAGUUUGAUGGAAUCUCCAUAUUAACACUGAGUAUUUAUUUUUAUUAAAAAUAUUUUAAGAGCAAGCACAUUCAUGAAAAUGUUAUAGUAUUAGAAAAAUGACCAAAUGCUGUUCAUUUUUGUUUUGAUGUGACACUUUUUUGUUGGAAUUUAGUCAUUUUGGUAGAAAUAAUUGAGCUCCAAAAUUGUCAUUUAGCCAAUCAUUUUUUUAUAAGUGAAUUCAAUAUGACGAUAUUGCUCCUCUAGCAACCGUAGUAAUAACGCAUAUAACAAAAGACUCAAGGCCUUAAUUACAGUCAAGUGAAGCUGUCAAAAUAAUGGACAAUUUUUAUCCGAAAGGCAGGCAUAAAAGAAAGAUGCCACAUUUUAUAUCCAGUGUAUCAUGGUUCCAACCUAGAACUGAUGUACAGACAUCUUGUAGAUGUUGACAACAGCUUAAGACCAUGGGCUGACACCUAGUAGUAACCAUGUAUCCCAUUUUUUGUUCAUUCACCUAUGUAAAGUUUAGAUAUUUCGCGUGUGUCAGUAAAUGUCUGAAAUAAAUUGCAGGGAGAAAGAGCUGCAGAAUCCAAAGAGUAGAGUAGAGUUGACAUUAUCACAGAUAUUAUCAUAUUUGUUAAGUUAUUUUUAUGCACUGUACAUUUCAUACAAUUAGCUAUGCAACAUUGUAUCCUAUAGGUUUGCUGUAUGGUUUGAAUUACUUGUAUGUUGAUAUUUGCAAUGAGAUGAUGAGGUUUUUUGAUUUCUACUUUUGCAUCCUUCUUUGAAAGAAACAAAUCUUUAGUUGUAUAGUAAGUUUUUGGUUUGAAACUUAGAGAUAAAUACAUUUUUGAGAAAAUAUUAAAAUUUUGUUCAUCCAGAAUAAUGCACAAGACUGCUGAGUUAAGGACUGUUUGGAGACUAGGCCAAAGUUGGGAUAUAUUUCAGUUGUAUUUUUGAAAAUUAAUACUUUGUUAGAUGAUUUUAAUAUUCAUGUAGAUUGUUAUAUUUAUCAUACAUCAUUAUUUCACAUAUGUUAUUUCGACACUUAUAUUUGUUGUCUUCCUUUACAUGAGUGUUAUGUACAUGGAUAACAGAUCAUUUAUCACUGGGCAUUUUGUUAAUAUAUAUAUAUAUAUAUAAUAUUAUAUGGACAAACUUUGUGAAUAUGUAUUAUUUGUAACCAAGCCUUGCAUAUUUUGUUUAAAAAAGUGAUUUGGUGAAAAGGAUGCCUUUUUCUCCCUCAUUUAGCUGGGAUCAAUUUGUAGUUCAGUUUCAGAUCCACUUCUCGCUUUAACAGAUUUUAACAGAUAUACUUCAACAUUGAAUUGUUACUUUAAAUUAACAUUGAAGCACUUUUUAUGUCAGUUUUAAUGUAUCCCUUGGAAUUAAAGGGUUCAGUUGGAGAAAGAGUGUAAGGUGCUCUAGAGGGUAGGACCUGUAGGCAACAAGGAAGCAUGUUGUUUGUUGGGCUGUGAUUUUUGGUAUUAAGAUAUUUUGAAGAACAUGCUUCCUUUGUUGUCAACUCAAUGGAUUGAAAAGGAGCAUUUAAUCUCUUGGAUCUGAUAGCUAAACAAAUGCUUUUAUUGAAUCCAUGUUCUGACUGCACUCACCUUUGUGUGCGGGUGAAGACUUAUUGUCAAGAAAAAAUUACUUAAAAAAAAGAGAGCACAUGAAAAUGGUGUCUUAAAAGAAAAAUGAGAAUUUAAUGUCCAAGAUAAAAAAAGGCAUGUUAGGACAAAUAUUACAAAGGAUUUGCUCCUUAUAAAGAUCUGGGAGGGAAGGGGGUGUUUUUUAUUCUUUCCUGAGUAAAGGUAAUGAUGCUGAAAAGAUACUGAAAUACUUGAGAGUAGUAUCUGCUUGAAUGUUUUUGAUCAGCCGCACCACUGGAGGGCAGUUUUAGAUAGUGUUUUUUUUUUCCUGUGGUGCUAUUUUUUGGUCAGGAAGAGUACCCUCUAGAGCACUCGUCCUUUUCCUACCAGAUGUCUGGGUAAUUAUGCACCAUGGGUGCUUGGCUGUACAGUUUUAGUUAUUAUCAUUAUUCAGUGAGGAAAAGAAGGAGAGGUAUUUUGCCACUUGUAGCUAAGAUGUAUUGCUUAUGGUGUAGGAAAACAAGUCACUAUCAGAGCUCUAAAAUAAGCUUAUGAUUUGUUUGAAGUUAAGGCUUUAGAAAAUAUUAUACAGCAUGGUGACUCCAAGUAGAUGACCAUAAGAAAUGUUGAUUAUUUUAACUAGUUUACCGUUACAGUGCAUCAGAAAAAUGCUGAGCACUAAAAAUCAACCAAAGCUAAUCUGAUUUGUUUGACUCUGGCAUACCUAUUUUUUUUCCAAAAUUCAACAAACACACUAGCACAACAGUGAAUAUAUAAAAUAUGAAAUAGUGUUUUAGACUGGAUAUUUGGACCUCCUUACAGCUUGAAGUCACUGAAACAGUACAGAAAGUGAAUAUUAUAAUGACCAUGUCUGUAAAUUGAGCAGAGAGUGUUGUAAAGUGUCUAGACUGUUGAUUCUACCUGGUAGAACAUUCUUGUAGUAGAUAUUGUUGGGUGUAGCAAGUUGUAUUGUGCAGGGCAGUUGUUAUUAUACUGCAGUUUGAUAGUCUGCUGGACUGAGGGCACUCCGCGUAAUUGCACCCCCAUGUUGCUGCUGGCCAGUGUAAAGGUGAUGGGGGUCAGUGCCCUGUGAAGUGCCCCAGGAUUCCUUUGUGCCAAAUUUCUCUCCGCUGGUUUAUCUGUGUGACAAAACUGCUGAUGCUCGUAGAUUUUGGCAUGAGCUUCAUUUCAAGUGGCAUGGAUGGAAUGAGAAGGCUAAAUUGCCCAGUUUUUGGUUAUUCUAUAGGGAGAGACACCCAAAAAUUUACUUAAAUGAUCCAGGAAUUCAUCCUCUUGAUUCUGUGAUUAGAUAUUAUGUAUGUUUAGGCUAAAUAAACACAGGAUGUAUUUUGGGUGUGGAAAAUUCAAUUUGAUUCAAUUGUCAAUUUUUUUUCUUUUUCUUUCUUUUUCUUUCUUUUUCUUUUUUUUUUGAUAACAUGGAAUAUUCCUUGGUCUGUUUGGCUCUAUCCAUGUCACUGGUUACAGAGGGCUUCAUAAAAUAAAUUUGCAGGUGGCAAUAUACCUCUCUUUCUUUAGUUUUUAUGUAACAUGAAGCAAGUGUAUAUAAGUUUGUAAACAUACAUACAUACAUCUAUUUAAUUUAUUGACUGCAAAUCUGAAGAAAAGAUGUGCAGACUGUUGAAGCCAUAUGAAUAUGUUUGUGUAUAUUGCUUGUGCUCUGCACAACUUCAAGGAAAAAUUGUAUACAUCUCGUGAGGAAUAAAUUGACUGUUUAGUUUGCAAAGCAGAAGUAUCAGUAAUGUCAUUUAAAAAUGGGCAAAAAUAUAUACAGAUUUUAGAAAAUUAUAAUUUUAAAGUCAAAAGUUACAAUUUUUUAUUAAAAAAUGCUUCCCUGGCAAUUUUGUUUUCUACAACAAGUCACUUAAUUUGCUCCACUGUUUUCCUAAAAAAAAUUAAGUUUUAAAACUGUUGUGAUUUUCAGCCAACAUAAUUUUGGUUUUUGUGUGUAGUUAAGUCAUAUUCCUAGAAAAUGGAUUAAAUGCAACU